AUGAGCGGCCUUAGAAAACGCGGCAAGGCUUCUCCCAAGCCAGCCACCAAAAACGAUGAACUCAAACUCGAUAAAAUCUUGAAGCCAACGACUGCCUCCCAGUCCGCGGUACAGUACAACAUCGCCCUAGCCGCCGUGACCUUUAUCGCGUUUGUUACGCGCUUCCUUUGGCUCAAUUCACCAGACCAGGUUGUUUUUGACGAAGUGCACUUUGGUAAAUUUGCCUCCUACUACCUCGAGCGCACGUACUACUUCGAUCUUCACCCACCGUUCGCCAAGAUGUGCAUCGCUGCGGUCGGCUGGCUCGUGGGCUACGACGGCGCAUUCAAGUUCGACAGAAUCGGCGACUCCUACAUCGCCAACAAGGUGCCGUACCUCGCUCUCCGCGGUUGGUGCGCGCUCCAGGGCACGCUCACUAUCCCAGUGAUGUUCCUCACGAUGAAGGAACUCGGUUACUCGAUCCCAGGGUGCGUGUUUGCCACAUGUCUCGUGGUGUUUGACACUGCGCACAUCGCGGAAACACGUUUGAUUUUACUCGACGCCACGUUGAUUCUCUCGGUUGCGGUUUCGAUUUACUGCUAUGUGCGCUUCUACAAGACGCGCGCGCAGGCCUUCUCGCGUGCGUGGUGGACCUGGUUGUAUGCCACCGGUGUGGCCUUGUCCUGUGUGAUUUCUACCAAGUAUGUCGGUGUCUUCACGUUUGCGACCAUCGGCUCAGCCGUCCUCUACGACCUUUGGAUGUUGUUGGACGUCAAAACCGGCUUGUCCCUUCACCAGCUUGGGCGCCACUUCGCCGCGCGCCUCUUUGCCUUGAUCAUAGUGCCCUUCACCAUCUACCUCUUCUGGUUCUGGGUCCACUUUACCAUCCUCACCAAGUCCGGUCCCGGCGACGCCUUCAUGUCUGGCGAGUUCCAGGAGACCUUGUCCGAGUCCCCCUUAUUGCGUGACGCCAAGAUCGUCAACUACUACGACAUCGUCACCUUUAAGAACAAGGACACUAGUGCGUUUCUCCACUCCCAUCCAGAACGCUACCCAUUGCGUUACGAGGACGGCAGAGUCUCCACCGAAGGCCAGCAGGUCACCGGCUACCUAGGCACCGACGCCGGUAACAGCUGGGAAAUUGUGCCGGUAGACGGCAAAUCCGGCACUAUUAGGCAGGCUGACAUUGUCAGAUUGAGACACGUGCGCACUAACGGGUUCUUGGUAGCCCAUGAUGUCGCCUCCCCGUUGAUGCCAACCAAUGAGGAGUUUACCGUGGUGGAUGUUGAAACCGCCAAUGGCGCUCGCUUCAACGACACUUUGUUCAGAUUGGAUCCCCUUGACAAGAAGAAUUCGGGAAAAGACUUGAAGAGCAAGGCCGUGGCGUUCCGUGUGCUCCAUAUCGCGACCGUGGUCGCCAUGUGGACCCAUAACGACCAAUUGCUUCCUGACUGGGCCUUCAACCAACAGGAAGUCAACGGGAACAAGAAGAUCACCGACCCGGGUAACAUUUGGACCAUUGACAAGAUUGAAAACAUCAGCGAGGCGCGCAUGUUCCACAUUCCAAAGCAGAUCAAGAAGCUUUCGUUCUUCACCAAGUGGAGAGAGACCCAGCGCUUGAUGUUCGAACACAACAACAAAUUGUCAUCCGAGCAUCCGUUUGCUUCGUCGCCCGAGUCCUGGCCAUUUGCUGUCAGCGGAGUUUCAUUCUGGAACGAUAACGACACCCGCAAGCAGAUCUACUUUGCGGGCAACAUGGUUGGUUUCUGGCUUGAGUCUGCCUUUAUUGUGGUCUAUCUCGGGCUCAUGGCCGCGGACCAGCUCACCAGACGCCGUAACAUCCAGGCGUUGUCUGAACGUGCCAGAUUCAGAUUGUACGACACCAUGGCCUUCUUGUUUGUCGGCUGGUGUGCUCACUUUCUCCCAUUCUUUUUGAUGAACAGACAGAAGUUUUUGCACCAUUAUCUCCCAGCUCACUUGAUCGCGGCGUUGCUCGCGGCCGGUGUCUUGGAGUUUUUGUUCACUGACAAUGCAGGCGUGGAUUUAGAACCUAAGGCGAAGAAGGGUAAAGACCAGGAGAUUUUCUACCUUCCGUAUGUGAUUACUGUGGCCUUGUUGGUCACCGCCGUGUUUGCGUUCUACUUAUGGUACGCGCCAAUCACCUACGGCCACAAAACUUUGUCUAUUGACGAGGCCAAGGCCAGAUCUAUCUUUGGCGUCAAACUCCACUACACGAAAUAG